UUUAAAUGAGUAUUUGGUUUAAUUUUAGUUUUUUUUAAAAAUUUAAUUUUUGAUUAAAAUAAAAUAAUAUAUAUGUAUAUGUUUAAUUUUAUUUAUUAGAAUAAUUUAAGUUUUCAUUAUGAAAUAAAAAAAGCCCAGUUUUUUAGUUCAAGUCUAUACUAUAAAUUAGAAAAUAUUAUUUUUAUAUGUUUUAAAAUUUUUAAAAAUAAAUAGUAUGACUUUUGAAAAUAUAAAAUAUUAAGAUAGUUUUAAUUAAAAAUAAAAUUUGAAAAUUUAAAAAUAUAUAAUCCUAAAAUUGUGUGGUUCAUCAUGCAUAAUUAAAAAAAUAAAUUAAUUGCUUGCUAUAAUUAUUUAAUAAAAAUAUAAUCAUUAUUAAUAUUUAAUUUUAUUUACAGUUUGUUACUAAAAAUAAUUUAUUAUGAGGGAAAAAAAUUAAAUUUUGAAAUCAAGAUUUAUGAUGUAAUAAUUCCCAAAACAUGGUCGGUCAGAAGCUUAUCCCCCAACGCACAGUAAAUCCAAAAUACUCUGUUUCUCUAUCCAUGGCCACGGCUGUCUCUCUUUCCUUCUUGGAUUCCCGCCUUCACCACCACCACCACCACCACCGCAAUUGGCACCGCCACCAACCGCCGCCAUUUCUGUCUCACAGACAACCACCACCACCACCACCACCACGUCCUCUUGUCUUCUUCCCCAGCACCAGCCAUUACAAAUACAAGCUCACAUUUUCAUCAUCUUGCUCCGACUCUUCUUCUUCUUCUCCUUCUCCUUCAACAUCGUCAUCAUUUAGCCUCCAAGAUCCAUUUCCCACGGGACGGUUUCUCACGAACGAAGAGAUCCAGAAACUUCAGUUCCUCGAGAAUUUCGAUUAUUUUCAAGAACUGAAAUCUGGGUCGGUGUCUGUUCGCGUGAUGAAAUCCGAGGACAUGGACAAUGUGGUGGGCUUGUUGUCCGAGUCUUUCGCAGAGUCGCUGGUAUUGCCCACGGGUUACACGACACUGCUGCGGUUCUUGCUGAAGCAGUACUUGACAGAGCGGAGAAGUCUGAUGCCUCACACUGCGACGCUCAUCGGGUUCUAUAGAGAAGACGGGGAUCAAGAUUUGCAGUUGGCUGGCACUGUGGAGGUUUCUUUUGACAGAAGGGGUGCUAAUGCUUCUCCUCCUACGCCGACUGCUCCUAAGGACUCGCCAUAUGUUUGUAAUAUGGCCGUAAAGACGCUGCUAAGGAGGAGGGGCAUUGGUUGGAAUCUUCUGAAGGCAAGUGAGGAAUUAAUCUCCCAGAUGUGUUCCUCAAGAGAAGUUUAUUUGCACUGCAGAUUGAUUGAUGAAGCUCCACUCAACAUGUAUGCAAAAGCAGGUUAUAGCAUUGUGAAAACGGACAGCAUCUUGGUCCUUUUGAAAUUACGAAGACGCAAGCACUUGAUGCGCAAGGAACUUCCAGCGUUCAACUACUCUUCAGAAAAUUCCAAGCCUAAUGAGGAACUUCCUUCUUGAGCACAUACGAGAAGAUGAGAAAAUUUGGGCAAGUACAGGGAAGAAGCACUACAUUCCCCCCCCCCCCCUCCAGAAGCAUUGUAUGGUUGCUGCUGUUAAUUCUUGAUGUUUUCUUCUUCCGCCCUCUCAACAUCUCAAAUACACGUGAUUCACUGUUGUACAUUAACCAAAUCAUAGAAUACGUGUCAUACUUUUUUCACGUUCUAUUUUCUGCCUUCCCAGAAUUUCUCAAAAAGAAGCACUUGCAGAUUGUAAAAAUUUAAUAUCCAUACUUUCCGAAUUUCUUCUUGGGUUCUCCUUUCAGAACCUACCAUAAUCUGGUUCUGUUAGUACUUUUUCCCAAAUUUACUAUUGAAUAUGCUUGAUUUUUUCUCCCUUUUCAACAUAGCAUGGCGUGGGAGAUAAUUCUUUCUGCAGUAACUCGGCUCAACUCGGGAAUGGUAAAACAUGAUGUUUAGUACCUUUUUUAUUUUUUUACGAGUGA